UCUGACCUUCGACUCUUCAGUGCAUAGGCAAGAAGAACCGAGACUCCCAUAACAAAAGCAGCAGACAAACUAAAGUCUUCGCAGACAAUGGAGUGUCUAGUGUGAAAACUUUCAGCUGUCACAUUCUAUCAGGAAAGGUUCACAGCAGUUAGAACUCGGCCUAUCCAAUUUCUGAGACCAUGUGCUGCAAAGAGCCAUACAAAUAAAGUGUCCAAAAGAGAAGAAGAGAGAGAAAGACAAUAAUAUUGAAGGCAGAGCGAACCCAGAGAUGCAGACGAUAAGAUACACUCCUACUUGCAAACAGUGCUUCAGCCUUAGAUUACAUGUGAAGCCCAGUAUACCUGCAACUGGGAAGACAGGCUUUUCAAAUGUACAUACAGUUGGAGAACUUCUGGCACAGAAAUGGCUGAACUGCGACACAAGUAGAGAAAUCUCCAGAAGAGGACAUCUUUUUCUGUUUUGCAGUUUUUUUCUUACCUUCUCAAUCUCCACUAAACUGUUUCAUUUUUAGGUUCUGUAAAUUCUGUUGGUCUCCAGCAGAACUAUUCUCCUGGAGUCUCAAAUUCCCUCAUUUCACACUAGUCCCUAUUCAGUAGGGACUCAAUUUUGAUCUUCAUUAUAACAACCCCAGCUGAUCUUAAUCAGCCGGUAAACUUAUCUGUUUGACAAACGUCUUCAGUAUGGAGAUAGUCAUCAAUGUCCUGAGCCAGGCCUCUUAACUGCCCACCCAGAGCAUACCCUGGGAGGAAACCCACCAAGGCUUGUCAACAGCAUUCUUCAUCACUGGAUAGCUCGCUUAAUGAAAAAAUGGACAUAGAAAGUAGAAGCAGAGCAGAACUUGCUCUCCCAUCCCCUCAAGAACCAUCCAAUGUAUCUGAAAUUGAACUUUCAGAAGCACCCUUCCAUGAUAGCGCCCUGUUGGAGAAGGCUGCCCCACCCCCACCGCCCCAAACAUGGCGGACAUUUUUGAAGAGAGAGCUGGAAUUCCUGGGGGUAACACAAAUUCUAAUUGGUUUGAUAUGUCUUUGUUUUGGAACAAUUGUCUACUCCGUGUUCAAGAUUUCAGAAUUUGAGAAAGAUUUAUUUUCAUCAUUUAAAGCAGGCUUCCCAUUCUGGGGAGCGGUAUUUUUUAUGAUUUCCGGAGUUUUGUCAAUUAUGUCUGAAAAGAAAGAUACAACAUAUCUGAUGCGAGGAAGCCUGGGAGCCAGCUUGGUCAGCAGCAUAGCUGCGGGAACAGGAAUCGUUAUUCUGGUCACCAACCUAAAGAACAGCUUGGUGUAUAUCCACUUUUGCCAGGAAGCUUAUGAGGAUGACUUCUGCUUAGCGGCUUGUUUUUCCACUGAAAUUGUGGCGAUGAUUCUGUUUCUCACUAUUCUGGGGUUUGGCGUCGCUGUGUUACUCACACUCUACAGAAUUGGAGAAUUACUCAAAGGAAAGAUUCCAGAAGAUGGUCUUUAUGAAGAAUUAAACAUAUAUUCACCGAUUUACAGUGAGUUGGAAGACAGAGGGGAGACAGCUUCUCCCACUGAUUCAUAAGCAUCGUGUGUUCAGAACAUUCUCAUUCAUAGCAAAUGGUCUAGUAAGCCAAGAUAUUUGUUGAAGGACCUACUGGUAAAAUCUCAGUUCUCUCUAUGAUUUGCCCAUUUUACACUGUGACGCAUUCUCCAGAUGGCAGUACUCUGUUCCUGUUGUUUCUGUAGACCUAAAUGCUCCACCCACCCCCAUUUGUACAUACGAUAGACUCCCGUUUCCCUUGUUUUCUAUUGCUAUUUUAAACCCAUGUUUUCUGGGCAGUCAACAUGUAGUAAGCAUUUACUGUGUGCCUAUAACUGUGCAAAUAGGAAAAACAAGAGGAAGGCUGGUUGAGAGUUGAGUUAAACUUUAGCAGUUUGGUUUUCAACCCUUUUUAGAGUUCGCAAAAACUACAGAUGUGCAUGAUAUAUGUCCCCCUAUUAGACUGUAAGCAUCGUAAGGGCAAAAUCCACUUAGCAAACAUAUCCUGAGAAACAAUUAAGAGUUUGAAGUUUCCCACACUCGUCUCUUUCACAUUAUGUAUCCCAGUAUUUCACACAUAAUGGGUGUUCAGAGUGUAUUUAUGGAGUGGAUGGGUAUAGAUUUAGGGAGGAUAUCCCAGCAGGUCAGGCCAGCAGUAGAAUGGAAAAGGAGAAAGAAAUGAUUCUGAAGUGAAUUUGGAAGCGAUAAGGAGACCAAAUUUGUAGCUGUAGAGUUAGGAGGAUAGUCAGAUGGAGAUUUGAAUAGACAUUCUGCAAGCACGUAUUAAAUAUUUUGGUGGAUCCAUAUCAGAUUAGUAAUGAUGCUUCCUGCUUAUGUUUGAUUUUAUUAUAUGGAGAAAACAACAUGGUGUGUUAGAAGGGUCACUGGUCUUAUAAACGCAGGGAGUCUGUGUUGGAAUCCCAGGCCUAUUGCUUAUUAUUUGAGGGAGUUGUGGCUAAUGACUUAACCAUUUAUUUAAGCUGGGUUACCUCAUCUGUAAAAUUAAAAUAUUAGGAAUAACUUACCUGCCAGCACUAAAGGUGUGUUGUGCAAACACACACACACACACACACACACACACACACUGCUCUAAAAGAGAAAAAUAUUAUUAUAUAAAUUAUUUAAUUCAUAUAUAUAUAUAUAUAUAUAUAUAUAUGCAAUCUCCAAAUCUUAGUAAUUUCCAAUGAUAGAAAAUCUAAGUCCAUUUUAUACUUAACCUCAAAAGCCCCACUCUCUAAUCCACUUGAACUUUCUCUUUGUUAUGCUGCUUGCUUGUUUCUUCUUUCUUCAAUGCCUAUUUAAAAUCUCACCUCAUUCUUUGAAAUUUUCUAGUCAAGAUUGCUCCUCUCUCGAGACGAUGAAUUUUUCAAACACACACACACACACUCUUAUACUAUAUAUAACUUUCUAAAUGCAAAUAUUUUACGUUCCCUCAAUGAUCACACGUUUUUUUUGUGAAUCUCAUAUGCAGAAUCUCAUAAAAGUCUGUAUAUUGCCUAAAUCAUCAGCACAUUCACUGACACAAUAUUGUUCAAUAAUGUUUGCAGACGGAUGAAUGGGCAAUGGGCAGUUUAAGUUACUCAGUAUCUGGUAAAAAGGAAACCAUAAGUGGAAAGAUUAUUUACGGUGGAAUUUGAAAUGAAAAAAAGAAUAAAUUAAUGAAGACCUGAGCUAAAAUGAAGUCAGUGGGAAUGGAUAGAAAUAGUCAUAUCUAAAACACAGAGAGAAAGACUAAUUGGUCUUCUCGUUAAUAAGCUGAAUUAAAGGAUAAACUUAGACAAGCAGUUGGUUGAUUAACACAUUAAAUAUUUGAGUCUAAGACCAAUGGAGAGCACCUGGAAAUGUUGAAAGAAAUGAUGGGAAGUCAAAAAUAUGAAUUGAUAAGGGAGGAGUCCAGAAAGACCUAAAUCAGCUUUCGAUGAUCAAUAUUAGGCGACCAAAGAGAAAUGCACCUGGAGAGGGUCUGAUGGCAUCCUCUGUAGAGUUCUGGUACAGAUGAAAUGUGGUGACAUAUUUAGUGUCAUUAUAAGAGAGCUCAUUAUUAAGUGAAGCAGAUUAACAGUCCAAGAGAAUUAUAUUGAGAUAAAAACGAAGCCAAGUGAACCUUCACAUGUCUAUAAUCAGAGGGAAAAUAGAAGGGAAAAAAAUCCAGGGCAAAAGAAACAAGACUUAUUCAGAAAAGUACAUUGUGAAAGAGUAGACAGCAGGUAGCCUAAAGUAGAGAGCAAUUAGACAAAGAGGAAAAAAUAACCCUCAGAGACAGGAUCUGUAGGCUUGGGCAAGAGAAAAAUCUAUACUGAUAAAUCAACUCCAGGUAAGGCGCGGAGACAGGCCAUAGAAAAUAGCAAUGGUGAGUGAAUGGAAAAGGUGCAGAGAAAUUAAAAAUGGUUAUGGGGAUGAGUAAAUGAAUAAAACACUUGCAGAGGCAUUUAGAGAGAGAGAGAAUGGGGGUAUAUGUGAUGUGAGAAAUGAGAGUAGACUGUGAAUAAAAAGCAGUGAAGAAAAAUACACAAAAUAAUUUUGCUGCUGUUGAUGUUUUUAUUAGUAAGAGAAGGAAAAAGGAGUUCAAAUCUUUAGGCUUUCAGUCCUGUGGAGGGACUGAAAAAUCAGUUUUGGGUAUUACUCACAAUUCAUUAAUAAAAUAAUUAAUUACGUUUUAUGUAUUUAGGGUGCCAAAAUUAAAAAGUGAUAAGUAGAUGUUAAUUUCUCCAGACUAUAAAAAUGAUCACAUAACCAUACAGCAUAUGAUUAAGUGACUUGUAUGCCUAUCUAAUCUCAGGAUCUCAGGCAGUCUAUUUUCAGUUUUCUGAAAUAUAUAUUUGUUUCUCAAAAUUUGAUAGCAGAAUGAAAAUAUACCCUUUCACCGUGUAGCUUGCUAAGCUGCAUCUCCAUUUUUGAGCAUCCAUAGGUUUUAAUCACAUCACUUCUAUGGCAGAUGUACUCACAUCCAAACACUAAAGCCUGAUCUACAAGGACCUCUAGAAAUGGAUCCAGUCUAUCGUUACAAUUGUAUAAUAGUUUGCAACACUCUUUCAUUCAUUCAAUUCAUUUUUUUCCCAAAGAGCCCAUUUUAAUCAGGCCGCAGUUUAAUUCUUUGAUUACCUAUCUUGGAGGAAAAACAAGCUUGACAUCUAGCCCAAAUGAGAAAUAUUCGUACUGGCCAUAGCAGCAAAGUCGCAGUUUGGAUAAGUGAAAUUCACAGUCAUAUUAAAAACCCUCUUAAUUCAGCUGUUCUCAAAAAGUUGGGUGGGUGUAUUAUAAUUAAAGCAAAAUUUUAAAAGUAAAUUUCUCUCAAUUCAUAUUGUAACCACAUUGUUGACUGUAUUUUCUAUGUACACAACACAAUUUUUGUAUCAAGACCAUUCUGAUAGUGUUCUGCCCCUGCCUGUCUUCUAUCACAUGUCUAUUUCAGGCAUACACUGAGCACAUAACUGGCAUGCUCUUCACACAUUCCUUGUUCCAAAUUAUCUUUCCAAGAAUUUCAACUUAAAGCUCAUCUUCUCCAAGAAGACUGCCUAAUGCACACCUUUUCAUCCAGCCUUGAUUCUUGCUUUAUAACCACUUUA